CUGUAUUUAAUUCACAAUGAUCGCUCUCACACAUUCUCAACUAUUGACCAGAACUUGUCUCAGCUGAGCCAAGGGAGCAGGUUUCUCUGCUGAUUUACUCUACCGGCGAUUCAGUUCUACUCGCAAUGUUGCUCGCAAUGCACGCUUUGAAUUUCUUGCUUUUAACGCUCUUUCUGUGUUCUGUGUGCUGUGAGCUGUGCGAUCGAGGCACUGGCGAGUGCAAAGAGCUAACUGCCAGUGAUUGUCCAGUUAUAUUCUAUAUUCAACAUUUGAUAGCCAACGAGAUCAAGUAUUGCAACGAGAUAGAUGACAUUGUCUGCUGUCCGCUGCCUCUGAAUAAUCAAAAGCAGGCUCCUGUAGAGGAAAAUCGUCCCUAUGAAAAGGAAUGCAAUCAUUUUAAUGACAUCAGAGCAUCUUGUCACCAGUCUCCCUUUAUUGUGGGCGGCACCAAGGCGGCUGGUCGUGAAUUUCCUUUCAUGGCGCUGAUUGGGCUCAAGGAGCGCGAUAAAAGUGAAAUAAACUGGGAUUGUGGCGGCACCUUGGUGCAUCCUAGAUUUGUGAUCACAGCUGCGCAUUGCCUGGAAACCACUGAGACCAAGGAGCAGCGGUUGGACCCCAAUUUCAAUUCUCCGAAAUUUGUGGUUCGUCUGGGCGAACUGGACUACAACAGCACCACAGACGAUGCCCAACCGCAGGACUUUAAUGUCGUCAACUACGUGGUGCAUCCCGCCUAUGAUGUGGAUGACGACAGGAAAGUAGAGAACGACAUUGCUGUCAUCGAGCUGGAUAGGAAUGCGACUCUCACUGAGUAUGUGGCACCUGCUUGCUUGCCACCCAGCUCGGGCAAUGAUCACCUGCAGCUAACAGCUGCCGGCUGGGGACUUACUACAGAUUCUGGCCAUAAAUCUUCGCACCUGCUGAAAGUAUCCCUUGAACGUUUUGGUGAUGAUCUGUGCGAAGAGCGUCUCGAAGUGGAAAUCGAAACGCGCACCCAAUUCUGUGCGGGGUCCAUCAACGGCAUUGGCGACACCUGCAACGGCGAUUCAGGUGGACCCAUUUUUGUGCAGCAUCCGCGCUACAAUUGUCUCAAGCUUCUGAUUGGCAUCACUUCCUAUGGCAGCAUCUGUGGCACCAGAGGUCGUCCCUCAGUCUACACCAAGGUCUACCUCUAUACGGAUUGGAUUGAGAGUAUUGUGUGGGGUGAGUGAAUUUCGUCUGCUGAUUCGACUUUAUUUUUUUUAUGAAACUCAAAAAAUAU